AGAGGAAUACCUUCCAGUAUGCGAGUGAUAGAUGUCUACGAUAACAACAGAAUCAGUUACCAUGAGACAAAUUUGGGCGGUGGAGUUAUAGAGCUAGGAGCGUACUAUAGCAAUCUUACACUAGGCGGACAAGAGUUUAGUGUGCUUAUAGAUUCAGGAUCAUCCACUCUAGUCGUUCCGAUGAAAGGAUGCGUUACUUGUGGAGACUACGGAAACUUUUACUCUUUAGAAAAAUCCAACUACGCAGAUGCUCAUUAUGUUCCUUGUGAUUCAGAAGCUUGUCAAUGUGUGACAUCAGAAUGUUAUCUCUGUCCAGUUUCCAGAUAUUGUUCAGAAAAUAUUAGUUCUGCCUGUGGCUUCUAUAUACAAUAUGGAAGUGGAGCCAUAUACGGUGUUGAGAUAGAAGAUCUUCUGCAGUGGGAUAAAUAUGAGGUCCCAGUUAUAUUUGGAGGAAUGCUGCAUGAGACUCCAGAAUUUUUACAGGCACCGUCAAAUGGAAUUCUUGGCAUGGCUUAUCCUAUGUUAUCCUGUAAUCCUAAUUACAUGCCUCCCAUUUACUCUGUUCUUCAACAACGAAAUAUGAUCCAAAAUGAUAUGUUUGCUCUAUGCUUAGGCCACCAAAAAGGUCAAAUUAUGGUUGGUGGAGUAAAUACAGACCUCGCAGAUGGACCCAUAGAAUGGGCACCUUUUGACAUAUCCAACCCAGCAACCUAUUAUAGAGUAAACCUCGGAGGAUCCAUUAAAAUCAACGAAGAAAAGCUGCCGCUACCAGAAUUUGAUGUCGGAAUAGUAGACUCUGGAACCACUCUCUUUAUUGUCACACCUAAAGCUUUCGACGUAAUCAAGUAUUAUUUUGAAUCUCACUUUUGUCAUGUCAAAGGACUUUGUUCCUUCUAUUCAUGGUUCCAACCAAAUAACGUGGAGAUAAACUAUCCCUCAACCAUUGUAUCUUCUUGUGUGACUUUGACAGAUGAGGACGUUCAACAAUUGCCUAGUAUUACUGUUACCAUAGGAGGAAAGAUUGACCUGACAAUGACUCCAGAUGAUUACAUGUAUCGUGCUUAUGACUCUCUAGGCAACGUGUAUCGAUGCUUGGGAAUUUCCACUUCCGAGCAAGGUGGAGGAAUUCAAGCUAUAGUUGGAGAUGUCUUACUUCAAAAGCAUUUGGUAGUGUUUGACCGUGAAAACAGACAAAUCGGCAUUGCACCCGCUCAUGAUUGUGUGGACACUUGUAGUCAAUAUCAGUCUUGCUCGUCAUGCAUCCGUAAUGGCUGUGCCUACAACUUUGAUACUGGUAGCUGUGCCUCUUCCCGUGUUUUGGAGAAAGAAUCUUCUGCCGUAUGGUGUGCCGGUUCGGCAUGCCAGAUUUCCUGUGAAGUUCUUUAAAAUUUGUGUUAGUUUUGUAGCUUUGUCAUAAAUGAAACUUUGUCUUUCAGA